AUGAUAAUGAAACGUAGUUAAUAUGCUUCUCUAAUGUUAUGUUAGGUAAAUUAUGAGUAUAAAUUGAACAUGUUCCGUUUUUUUUAAUCGGUUACUGUAACGAAAAAUGAUUCAAAUCCAUGAUCCAGUGUGGCCAUGCGCACACGUCUUAAUACGCGCGACUGACGUUUGACAGUACGUCAAAAAUCAACCCGGUUCGGGAGCAAAACAAAAACCCGAGUUCCGCCACUGAUUUGGGCCCUAAACUUUGGUCAUUAUGUGUUAAUUAAACCCCCGGUGCGUGUGUACGUGAGAGUGUUUUGUUGUUUUGUGUACUGUUUCGUUUGCCUGUCUCUAUGUUACAACGUCUUCGUUGCCGCAACAUCCGACAGUUAUGGCUGUUGGAGGUGUCCAAUCAACAAUUAAUGGGCAAAAUCGCCCGUAUCGGGUUUGCUAGUGGAAAUGCGUUGCCGUUCAUAAAAAUACCGGGCCCCCGAAGGCUUCCGUUGCUCGGUAUGCUAAACGAUAUCAUGCAUCUUGGAAAACCAGCUGAGUUGCAUCUGCGCAUUUCCAAGUAUCACGAGCAGUACGGAGACCUUGUGCGAUUACAGAUUGGCACACAGAAUGCAGUAUUUGUGCGCGAUCCGCACCUAAUGCGUAAAACAUUCCAGCUCGAGGGACCAUUCCCGCGCCAUCCGUUGCCGGAAUCAUGGUCCUAUUUUAAUAAGAAGCACGACUACCAACGUGGGUUGUUUUUCAUGGAUGGUAAGGAAUGGUUGCACGCGAGACAGAUUUUUAACAAACCGAUGCUGAAAGAUUUCCAUUGGAUGGAGGAACCGAUCCGUGGUAUAUGUGCUGGUACGAUUGCACAUAUCAAGCAGAACAGUAAUGGUACAGCCGCCUUUGAAGGCAUUGAAGCAUUCCUGUACAAAUGGUCUGUGGAAGUCGUUCUAAGUAUAAUGUUUGGAGCAUCCUUUGCCAAAUGUCAAGAGUCGGCAGAAUUUCGACAGCUGGUGGAACGGUUCUCAUCCGUCGUGUACGACAUCUUCCGGUGUAGCUCCGAACUGAUGAACAUUCCACCGGCAAUUGCUGACCGUUUAAACGUACAGUCAUGGCAACAGUUUGAACAGGUGGUACCCGAAACGAUACGUUUAGCUGCUGCUAUCAUAGAAUUUGGGAUAGCCAACUCUCAGUCAGACGAUGGAUUGCUAGACCUGAUGGUACAGAAGCUUGACAAAACAUUAAUGAUGCGCAUCAUUAUUGAUUUCAUAAUCGCUGCAGGCGAUACGACCUCAUUUGCUACCGUGUGGGCACUUUAUUUGCUAGCAAAUAAUCCAACACUUCAGGAAUCGGUGCGUGAAAAUGUGGUCGAGUCGAACACACUGGAAAGUGCGGCGGUAAAGGGUGUCGUGCGGGAAACAUUGCGUCUCUAUCCGGUUGCUCCGUUUAUUGGACGGUUUAUCGAGAAUGAAAGUAUUUUUGGAGAGUAUACUUUACCGAAGGAUACGCUGGUGCUACUCUCGCUGUAUAGUGCUGGAAGGGAUGAACGAUUCUUUAUCCAACCGGAACAGUUCAAUCCGUACCGUUGGCAACGAAACAACAAUAGCAAAGACACUGCCACAACAACUAACAGAUCAGGCAAUACAGCAUCCGCUUCGUUACCGUUUGCAAUCGGUGCUCGAUCAUGUAUCGGACAAAAGAUUGCACAGUUGCAAAUGCAUUAUCUAAUCUCAAUGAUAUUAACGAAUUUUGAAGUUGGUCUCGCAGGUAAGGAACAACAGGAAUCAAUUAAACCGAUUCUCAAGAUGAUUACAGUACCAAAUAUGGCGGUGAAAGUGUAUUUUAAAGCUAUUCAAACUACUACCUAGCCCAAGGUAUAUAUAUUGCGCGAUUUUAAAACGAAGAUCUGCUUUCAACUAGCUUUGUAUUUUACGGGCAACAAGCAAUAAUUAGGUGUGGGACGAAACCGUUACCAGCGGAAGAUGUAACUAAAGAUAGAUGGUUUGCUUUUACCACACUACCUCAACAGAUAUACCUCAUCAAUACCCGUUUGAUGUACGCUGCUGUUCGCAUAGUUGUUUUUUUUAUUAUUAAUACUUGUGUAAGAUACGUUUUUAAAGUCUUCCAAACUAUAACAAGAAGUUGUGUUCCGCACCACAGAUGUGGUGAUAAUAUAUUCUUCAACUUAUUUCAUCCA